AUGUCCUUCAAUCCGUCACGAUCCGCUCAUAUACAUCUAUCCCUCCCUAUCUGCUUAUGUAUAUCUAUUCGUCUCCAUCUGCCCAUCUACGUCUAUCCUUCCCCAUUUACCCAUGUCUAUUUAUCCGUCACCAACAGCUCAUUUCUAUCGGUCUCAAUCCGUUCAUGUCCUUCAAUCCGUCACGAUCCGCUCAUAUACAUUUAUCCUUCCCUAUCUGCUUAUGUAAAUAUAUUCGUCUCUAUCUGCCCAUCUACGUCUAUCCUUUCCCAUUUACACAUGUCUAUUUAUCCGUCGCCAACAGCUCAUUUCUAUCGGUCUCAAUCCGUUCAUGUCCUUCAAUCCGUCACCAUCCGCUCAUAUACAUCUAUCCUUCCCUAUCUGCCUAUGUAUAUCUAUUCGUCUCCAUCUGCCCAUCUACGUCUAUCCUUCCCCAUUUGCCCAUGUCUAUUUAUCCGUCGCCAUCAGCUCAUUUCUAUCGGUCUCAAUCCGUUCAUGUCCGUCAAUCCGUUACAUCCGCUCAUAUACAUCUAUACUUCCCUAUCUGUCUAUGUAAAUCUAUUCGUCUCUAUCUGCCCAUCUACGUCUAUCCUUCCCCAUUUGCCCAUGUCUUUCUAUUUAUCCGUCGCCAUCAGCUCAUUUCUCCUUCUCUAUCUGCCUCGGUCUCAAUCCGUUCCCAUCUACGUCUAUCCUUCCCAUGUCCACCUCAAUCCGUCACCAUCCGUUCUCCUUUCAUACAUCUAUCCUUCCCCCUAUCUGCCUAUGUAUAUCUAUUCGUCUCCAUCUGCCCAUCUACGUCUAUCCUUCCCCAUUUGCCCAUGUCUAUUUAUCCGUCGCCAUCAGCUCAUUUCUAUCGGUCUCAAUCCGUUCAUGUACUACAAUCGGUCACCCUCCGCUCAUAUACAUCUAUCCUUCCCUAUCUGCCUAUGUAAAUCUAUUCGUCUCCAUCUGCCCAUCUACCUCAUUUCUAUCGGUCUCAAUCCGUUCAUGUCCUUCAAUCCGUCACCAUCCGCUCAUAUACAUCUAUCCUUCCCUAUCUGCCUAUGUAAAUCUAUUCGUCUCCAUCUCGCCCAUCUACGUCUAUCCUUCCCCAUUUGCCCAUGUCUAUUUAUCCGUCGCCAUCAGCUCAUUUCUAUCGGUCUCAAUCCGUUCAUGUCCUUCAAUCCGUCACCAUCCGCUCAUAUACAUCUAUCCUUCCCUAUCUGCCUAUGUAAAUCUUUCGUCUCCAUCUGCCCAUCUACGUCUAUCCUUCCCCAUUUGCCCAUGUCUAUUUAUCUGUCGCCAUCAGCUCAUUUCUAUCGGUCUCAAUCCGUUCAUGUCCUUCAAUCCGUCACCAUCCUCUCAUAUACAUCUAUCCUUCCCCAUCUGCCUAUGUAUAUCUAUUCGUCUCCAUCUGCCCAUCUACGUCUAUCCUUCCCCCAUUUGCCCAUGUCUAUUUAUCCGUCGCCAUCAGCACAUUUCUAUCGGUCUCAAUCUGUUCAUGUCCUUCAAUCCGUCACCAUCCGCUCAUAUACAUCUAUCCUUCCCUAUCUGCCUAUGUACAUCUAUUCGUCUCCAUCUGCCCAUCUACGUCUAUUCUUCCCCAUUUGCCCAUGUCUAUUUAUCCGUCGCCAUCAGCUCAUUUCUAUCGGUCUCAAUCCGUUCAUGUCCUUCAAUCCGUCACCAUCCUCUCAUAUACAUCUAUCCUUCCCUAUCUGCCUAUGUACAUCUAUUCGUCUCCAUCUGCCCAUCUACGUCUAUCCUUCCCCAUUUGCCCAUGUCUAUUUAUCCGUCGCCAUCAGCUCAUUUCUAUCGGUCUCAAUCCGUUCAUGUCCUUCAAUCCGUCACCAUCCGCUCAUAUACAUCUAUCCUUCCCUAUCUGCCUAUGUAAAUCUAUUCGUCUCCAUCUGCCCAUCUACGUCUAUCCUUCCCCAUUUGCCCAUGUCUAUUUAUCCGUCGCCAUCAGCUCAUUUCUAUCGGUCUCAAUCCGUUCAUGUCCUUCAAUCCGUCACCAUCCGCUCAUAUACAUCUAUCCUUCCCUAUCUGCCUAUGUAUAUCUAUUCGUCUCCAUCUGCCCAUCUACGUCUAUCCUUCCCCAUUUGCCCAUGUCUAUUUAUCCGUCGCCAUCAGCUCAUUUCUAUCGGUCUCAAUCCGUUCAUGUCCUUCAAUCCGUCACCAUCCGCUCAUAUACAUCUAUCCUUCCCUAUCUGCCUAUGUACAUCUAUUCGUCUCCAUCUGCCCAUCUACGUCUAUCCUUCCCCAUUUGCCCAUGUCUAUUUAUCCGUCGCCAUCAGCUCAUUUCUAUCGGUCUCAAUCCGUUCCUUCCCCAUGUCCUUCAAUCCGUCACCAUCCGCUCAUAUACAUCUAUCCUUCUCUAUCUGCCUAUGUACAUCUAUUCGUCUCCAUCUGCCCAUCUACGUCUAUCCUUCCCCAUUUGCCCAUGUCUAUUCAUCCGUUGCCAUCAGCUCAUUUCUAUCGGUCUCAAACCGUUCAUGUCCUUCAAUCCGCCACCAUCUGCACAUAUACAUUUAUCCUUCACUAUCUGCCUAUGUAAAUCUAUUCGUCUCUAUCUGCCCAUCUACGUCUGUCCUUCCCCAUUUGCCCAUGUCUAUUUAUCCGUCGCCAUCAGCUCAUUUCUGUCGGUCUCAAUCCGUUCAUGUCCUUCAAUCCGUCACCAUCCGCUCAUAUACAUCUAUCCUUCCCCCAUCUGCCUGUAUAUCUAUUCGUCUCCAUCUGCCCAUCUACGUCUAUCCUUCCCCAUUUGCGCCCUAUCCAUUUAUCCGUCAUCAGCUCAUUUAUCUAUCGGUCCAAUCCGUUCAUGUCCUUCAAUCCGUCACCAUCCGCUCAUAUACAUCUAUCCUUCCCUAUCUGCCUAUGUACAUCUAUUCGUCUCCAUCUGCCCAUCUACGUCUAUCCUUCCCCAUUUGCCCAUGUCUAUUUAUCCGUCGCCAUCAGCUCAUUUCUAUCGGUCUCAAUCCGUUCAUGUCCUUCAAUCCGUCACCAUCCGCUCAUAUACAUCUAUCCUUCCCUAUCUGCCUAUGUACAUCUAUUCGUCUCCAUCUGCCCAUCUACGUCUAUCCUUCCCCAUUUGCCCAUGUCUAUUUAUCCGUCGCCAUCAGCUCAUUUCUAUCGGUCUCAAUCCGUUCAUGUCCUUCAAUCCGUCACCAUCCGCUCAUAUACAUCUAUCCUUCCCUAUCUGCCUAUGUACAUCUAUUCGUCUCCAUCUGCCCAUCUACGUCUAUCCUUCCCCAUUUGCCCAUGUCUAUUUAUCCGUCGCCAUCAGCAUUUCUAUCGGUCAUUUCUAUCAAUCCCAAUCUCAAUCCGCUUUCCUUCCCGUCAUCCGUCCAUAUCUGCCCUAUCUGUAUCUAUUCUAUCCAUCUGCCCAUCUACGUCUAUCCUUCCCCAUUUGCCCAUGUCUAUUUAUCCGUCGCCAUCAGCUCAUUUCUUCGGUCUCCAUCUGUUCAUGUCCUUCAAUCCGUCACCAUCCGCUCAUAUACAUCUAUCCUUCCCUAUCUGCCUAUGUACAUCUAUUCGUCUCCAUCUGCCCAUCUACGUCUAUUCUUCCCCCUUUGCCCAUGUCUAUUUAUCCGUCGCCAUCAGCUCAUUUCUGUCGGUCUCAAUCCGUUCAUGUCCUUCAAUCCGUCACCAUCCGCUCAUAUACAUCUAUCCUUCCCCUAUCUGCCUAUGUACAUCUAUUCGUCUCCAUCUGCCCAUCUACUAUCUAUCCUUCCCCCUUUGCCCAUGUCUAUUUAUCCGUCGCCAUCAGCUCAUUUCUAUCGGUCUCAAUCCGUUCAUGUCCUUCAAUCAGUCACCAUCCUCUCAUAUAUAUCUAUCCUUCUCUCUACCUAUGUAUAUCUAUUCGGCUCCAUCUGCCCAUCUAAGUCUCUCUUUCCCCAUUUACCCAUGUCUAUUUAUCCGUCGCCAUCAGCUCAUUUCUAUCGGUCUCAAUCCGUUCAUGUCCUUCAAUCCGUCACCAUCCGCUCAUAUACAUCUAUCCUUCCCUAUCUGCCUAUGUAUAUCUAUUCGUCUCCAUCUGCCCAUCUACGUCUAUCCUUCCCCAUUUGCCCAUGUCUAUUUAUCCGUCGCCAUCAGCUCAUUUCUAUCGGUCUCAAUCCGUUCAUGUCCUUCAAUCCGUCACCAUCCUCUCAUAUACAUCUAUCCUUCCCUAUCUGCCUAUGUAUAUCUAUUCGUCUCCAUCUGCCCAUCUACGUCUAUCCUUCCCCAUUUGCCCAUGUCUAUUUAUCCGUCGCCAUCAGCUCAUUUCUAUCAGUCUCAAUCCGUUCAUGUCCUUCAAUCCGUCACCAUCCUCUCAUAUACAUCUAUCCUUCCCCAUCUGCCUAUGUAUAUCUAUUCGUCUCCAUCUGCCCAUCUAUGUCUAUCCUCCCCCAUUUGCCCAUGUCUAUGUAUCCGUCGCCAUCAGCUCAUUUCUACCGGUCUCAAUCCGUUCAUGUCCUUCAAUCCGUCACCAUCCGCUCAUAUACAUCUAUCCUUCCCUAUCUGCCUAUGUACAUCUAUUCGUCUCCAUCUGCCAAUCUACGUCUAUCCUUCCCCAUUUGCCCAUGUCUAUUUAUCCGUAGCCAUCAGUUCAUUUCUAUCGGUCUUAAUCCGUCCAUGUCCUUCAAUCCGUCACCAUCCGCACAUAUACAUCUAUCCUUCCCUAUAUUCCUGUGUACAUCUAUUCGUCUCCAUCUGUCCAUCUACGUCUAUCCUUCCCCAUUUGCCCAUGUCUAUUUAUCCGUCGCCAUCAGCUCAUUUCUAUCGGUGUCAAUCCGUUCAUGUCCUUCAAUCCGUCACCAUCAACUCAUAUACAUCUAUCCUUCCCUAUCUGCCUAUGUACAUCUAUUCGUCUCCAUCUGCCCAUCUACGUCUUUCCUUCGCCAUUUGCCCAUGUCUAUUUAUCCUUCGCCAUCAGCUCAUUUCUAUCGGUCUCAAUCCUGUCAUGUCCUUCAAUCCGUCACCAUCCGCUCAUAUACAUCUAUCCUUCCCUAUCUGCCUAUUUACAUCUAUUCGUCUCCAUCUGCCCAUCUACGUCUAUCCUUUCCCAUUUGCCUAUGUCUAUUUAUCCAUCGCCAUCACCUCAUUUCUAUCGGUCUCAAUCCGUCCAUGUCCUUCAAUCCGUCACCAUCCGCUCAUAUACAUCUAUCCUUCCCUAUCUGCCUAUGUAUAUCUAUUCGUCUCCAUCUGCCCAUCAAAGUCUAUCCUUCCCCAUUUGCCCAUGUCUAUUUAUCCGUCGCCAUCAGCUCAUUUCUAACGGUCUCAAUCCGUUCAUGUCCUUCAAUCCGUUACAUCCGCUCAUAUACAUCUAUCCUUCCCUAUCUGCCUAUGUACAUCUAUUCGUCUCCAUCUGCCCAUCUACGUCUAUCCUUCCCCAUUUGCCCAUGUCUAUUUAUCCGUCCCCAUCAGCUCAUUUCUAUCGGUCUCAAUCCGUCCAUGUCCUUCAAUCCGUCACCAUCCGCUCAUAUACAUCUAUCCUUCCCUAUCUGCCUAUGUACAUCUAUUCGUCUCCAUCUGCCCAUCUACGUCUAUCCUUCCCCAUUUCCACAUGUCUAUUUAUCCGUCGCCAUCAGCUCAUUUCUAUCGGUAACAAUCCGUUCAUGUCCUUCAAUCCGUCACCAUCCGCUCUUAUACAUCUAUCCUUCCCUAUCUGCCUAUGUACAUCUAUUCGUCUCCAUCUGCCCAUCUACGUCUAUCCUUCCCCAUUUUCCCAUGUCUAUUUAUCCGUCGCCAUCAUCUCAUUUCUAUCGGUCUCAAUUCGUUCAUGUCCUUCAAUCCGUCACCAUCCGCUCAUAUACAUCUAUCCUUCCCUAUCUGCCUAUGCACAUCUAUUCGUGUCCAUCUGCAUAUGUACAUCUAUUCGUUUCCAUCUGCCUAUGUUUAUCUAUUCGUCUCCAUCUGCCCAUGUCUCUCUAUUCGCCUUCACCUGUCCACGUAUAUCUAUACGUACCUAUCUGCCCAUGUACAUCUACCCGUCUCCAGCUGCCCGCGUAUAUCUAUCCGUCGCUAUCUGCCUAUAGUUAUGUAUUCGUCUCCAUCUGCUUAUGUUCAUCUAUCCGUCUCUAUUUGCCCAUGUCUGUUUAUUUGUCUCCAUCCGCUCAUUUCUAUCCGUUUCAAUCCGCUCAUGUCAAUCAAUUCGUCACCUUCUGCUCACAUAGAUACAUCCGUUCCUAUCUGCCCAUGUGUAUUUAUUCAUUUCCAUAUUCCCAUGUGAAGUGA